GCGGGUUUAAGAAUUCACUUUCUGAAGUCCGGUUUAACUUAAAACCUCGGUCUAAGUCGAGUCUAACUUGCGCAAAAUUUAGACUUCGCCUAGGGGUAGUUUAAACCAUGGUUUAACUUUCAAAAUGGCUGAUUUGCUAGCUGCCUUGCGACGGGGAGAGCAAAUGCUCGAAUGGAAUCAAAGACAGAUCGAGAGGCCAUUGGUGGAAAGGAAAAACCCCUUUCAUAUUUAUGAGAACAACGAAUUUCUGCAGCGGUAUCGCUUCACAAAGCAAACUGCGUUACACAUUAUCGAAGAACUGACGCCAGCUUUGGAGAGACACACAAGUCGCACUAAUGCGGUGCCAGUGCACCUUCAAGUUCUCACCGCCAUGCGUUUUUACGCAGUUGGCACGUUCCAAUUACUACAUGGUGAUGAGUGUGGCCUGUCUCAGAGUUCUUUGUCACGGAUAAUAGUUCAAGUGUCAACUGAAAUUGCUCGAUGGCGAAGAAGGUACAUUCACUUCCCGAAUACACCUGAACAGGUGGCACGUACUCAAGAAGAAUUUUUCCAAUACUGUGAUUUUCCAGGUGUAGUUGGUGCUAUUGACUGCACCCAUGUGCCUAUCAGAUGCCCUGGUGGAGAAAAUGCACAAAGAUUUAUCAACCGAAAAGGGAGGUUCUCUGUCAACGUCCAGGCAGUAUGCAAUCACAAUGGACUGCUAAUCAACCUUGUUGCCAGGUGGCCAGGAGGAACUCAUGAUUCCAGAAUAUUUAGAGAAUGCCAACUGAAAGAAAAUCUUGAACGAGAAAGUCAUGAAGAAAAAUGGCUUCUUGGCGACAGUGGAUAUCCAUGUCAGCCGUACCUUAUGACGCCUAUUCAAAAUCCAGUGGGGAGGGGAGAAAUCAGAUAUAAUAGAUCUCAAGUCAGAGGCCGCAACAUAAUUGAACGAACUUUUGGAAUGAUGAAGAGAAGGUUUCCCUGCAUGAACGAGCUUCGCUUGAAGCUCAAUACAACCCUUAUAACAAUUGUAGCAGUAGGUGUUUUAUGGAACUUGUCAAUUUUACGGAAUGAACCAGAGAUUGCAGGUCCAGAUGGAAUCCAAGUUCCAGGUGAUCAACUUCCUCCUCCAGGCAUGAAUAAUGUGGCUGGUCACCUGAGAAGACAACGGAUCAUUCAAGAUAAUUUUGUAUAAUCACACUUUGUCCACUUAAUUCAAUGAUGUUCAAUUGAAUGAGGAACACUUGUCUGAAUGUGCUCUGCAUAAUGCAUAACACUACUCUCAUUACAAUAGUAGCAGUAGUUGUGCUAUGGAACUUGUCAAUUUUGCGGAACAUCCGUUAACAUACUGUAUAUCCAUGUCAACCAUACCUCAUGACACCAAUCCAAAAUCCAGUGGGUAUAGGAUAGAUUAGGUACAACAGAGUUCACUCAGAUUGUAAUAUCAUUGAGUGUGUUUUGGGGUCGAUGAAGAAUUUGUUUCAAGGUAGCAAUAUUAACAUCAAAAUGAUAAAACAUGGUAAAUGCAGAUGAACAAUAAACGCUUUCCCAUGAUAAAUAGUUAAUUAGUAUCUUGCUGGUUUUGAAUGAGAUCUAGUUUCCUUUGCUGCACUUUCUUCUUCAUUUGUAGUAUCUCCAUCUUGACCUUUUGCUGUUCCUCGAGGUAACCAAGUUUAAUCCUCUGUUCAUCUUCAAUGAACUUCAUUCUCUGAUGAUGUUCCUCUAUUUUCAGACGAUGUUCCUCUUCAGCAUGUAAUUUCAGGGUUUCUUCAAGGCUUGGUGAUGAAGUUGUUGCUGCAGGAGUUGACACCCUUCUCUUUGUUUGUGAAUUCCUAUGAAAUAUGAAGCCAAACCAUCAAUUGUUACUGCAUAUUCUUAAAUUGCUGUUUGGGAAACGUUCAUUUUAUUGUAUGAUGUGUGAACUGGAACAAGUUUUCUACUCUGACAUAAUGAAAUAAUCUUAUCUAAAGUGUUAUAUGCCAUCCUAAAUUAUGACUGCACUCUCAUAUGCAAAAGAAUAAAGUGUACUCAAGGCUGAAAAUUAAGGGAUCUGCUUUACCUUUACAGAUUUAAUGCAUGAGGUGAAUAUUUUGCCGAUUUUUUUUUUCUUGCUGAAACAUUUUUUUGUUGCAAUGGAGACCUGUUCUUAAAUUCAGGUUUGAAAAUAUUGAAAUAACUUUGAUUUCAUGCAACAAAAUAUGGAAAAGGAAAGUGAGGACAUGACAUCAAUUUACUACCCAAUACAUAUUCACGAGUGCUAAAACAUGUAAUUGUUUUCACCAAGUAGUGCCAAACUUUCAAAUUCAAUAUUUUUAUUUCUUUUGAUUAAAUUUUCAGUAUUUUCCAUAUUUUUUUGUAAUUCAUAAUUUAUUGAUCUUUUUCGACUAGAGGUAAUUUGUUGAUGAUUAAGAUUUCAUCAUGUUCAGCCCAGAGUAUCCCUUUAAACUAAAAAUUUAAUCAAAUAAUUACCGGUAUAGCAAAAAGCUGUAUAGAUAUUUUGAAAAAUGUUCUGUAUUUUAAAUGAAUCAAUUGUGAAAUGCAUUCUGUGAGUUCUUCCAUAAAUGCAAUGAAUGUUAGAUUCAAAUAUUUUUCUAGUAUCUUGAUGUUUAUAUAUUCAUAUUUAUCUAUAUUAUAGUAUCUAUAAGAAAUCUUUUAUAGGAAUAUUAGAAAAUAUAAUUAGAAAUUGGAAAUGAAAAUUACCGUUUUACAGGAGUGACCUCAGUAGAAGUACUGCGAAGGGCAUUAGAGCUGGCAGAGGUGAUAGAGGGGUGGAUGAUAUUAGCAUCUGUGGUUGUGGACAGUGUUGGCUGAACCAAGUCACUUCUGCAAGAUUUAACAUUGUGCUGUGUUAAGAGAGCUAAAUGAAUUCAAAUACUCAAAUAAUGAAAUAUGACAAUUUAAUGUUAUCUUUCAUGAAAUUAAUAUUUAUAUCAUGACAUAUCUGACAUAUUUGCUUGAAAAAAAAUUAUUAAAAAAUUAAAUUAGAAAUUGGAAUUGAAAAAUACCGUUUUUCAGGAGUGACCUCAGUAGAAGUACUGCGAAGGGCAUUAGAGCUGGCAGAGGUGAUAGAGGGGUGGAUGAUAUUAGCAUCCGUGGUUGUGGACAGUGUUGGCUGAACCAAGUCACUUCUGCAAGAUUUAACAUGGUGCUGUGUUAAGAGAGCUAAAUGAAUUCAAAUACUCAAAUAAGGAAAUAUGACAAUUUAAUGUCAUUAUACUUAAACUUGAAACAUGUAUUCAAAUGUUUAUAGCAAACAGAUGUUAAGAAAUCUAGAAAGAUGUUCUGUAUCUAAAAGAAAAAAUUGUAAAGUAUAGUUAGUCUGUGAGUUAUUCCAUAAGUGCAAUGAAAACUGAAUAUACAAACAUAUUUUUCUAUUAUGAGGUUGCUAUAUUUAUAUUUAUACUGAAAUUUGUGUAUUUAUAUUAUGCAAUAUAUAUAUAUAUAUAUAUAUAUGUAUGUCUACAUCCUACAAAAGGGCAAAGUCUAUGAAUGGGUUUAUUCCGUCAUUAUACACGUAUAGACGUAAAGACAAAGGUAGCGGGCUUCAAGGCGAAUUACGAGCAAUGAAAGAAGACAAAUAAAAUCGCCUUAAACACAGAUGUAGAGAUUUAUAUGCGUAAGAAAUAUCAGAAAUAUUAUCUUUCAUGAAAUGUAUGCAUAUGACGUAUCUGACAUAUUUGCUUGAAAAAAAAUUAUUAAAAAAUUAAAUUAGAAAUUGGAAUUGAAAAAUACCGUUUUUCAGGAGUGACCUCAGUAGAAGUACUGCGAAGGGCAUUAGAGCUGGCAGAGGUGAUAGAGGGGUGGAUGAUAUUAGCAUCCGUGGUUGUGGACAGUGUUGGCUGAACCAAGUCACUUCUGCAAGAUUUAACAUUGUGCUGUGUUAAGAGAGCUAAAUGAAUUCAAAUACUCAAAUAAGGAAAUAUGACAAUUUAAUGUCAUUAUACUUAAACUUGAAACAUGUAUUCAAAUAUUUAUAGCAAAAAGUUGUAAGAAAUCUAGAAAGAUGUUCUGUAUUUAAAAGAAAAAAAUGUAAAGUAUAGUCAGUCUGUGAGUUAUUCCAUAUGUGCAAUGAAAGCUGAAUAUACAUGUAUAACAUAUUUUUCUAUUAUGAGGUUGCUAUAUUUAUAUUGAAAUUUGUGUAUUUAUAUUAUGCAAUAUAUAUAUUUAUAUAUAUAUAUAUAUAUAUAUAUAUAUUUAACAUAUGAUAUACAUGAAAUAUCUUUCAGAUUUUUGAAAUUAUUCUUAUAAUAAUUCAUAUAAAUGUCAGACAUAAAUCAUUUAAAAAGGGAAAGUAGAAUUAGAAAUUGGAGUUGAAAAAUACCGUUUUCCAGGAGUGACCCCAAUACGGGUACUGUGAAAUGCAUGAGACCUGGCAGAGGUGAUAGAGGGGUGGAUGCUGGUAGCAUCUGUGAUUGUGGACACAGUUGGCUCACUUCUGUAAGAAUCAAGAUUGUGCUGUGUUAAGAAAGCUAAAUGAAUUCAAAAACUCAAAUUAUAAAACCUGACAAUUAAGCAUCAUAAUUUUUAAAUAUUAAACAUGUAAUAAUAUAGGUGUAAAGAAAUUUAAAAAGAUUGUUCUUCAUUGAAAAGAACCAAUUGUAAAGUUUAGUAUUUGGGUCCUUCUAUUGGUGCAAUGAAUGUUACAAUAAAAAACUUAUAUGCAAUGAAUGUUAAAAUAUAAACUUAAUAUUAUUAUCUUGAUGUUGCUUUAUUUGUAUUUAUGUAAAUUUAUGCUAUUACAUAUGUUAUAUAGAUAUGCAUAUGAUAUAUCAGAAAAGUUUUUAUAUAAAAAUACAACAAAUAUAGUUGUGAAAUUGAAAUAAAAUUAGAAAUUGGAAUUGAAAAA